CAGAAACUGUAAAUUGUAAUCUUUUUGCAGUUUUAUAUGGGAUUUGGUUUUUGCCCCAGAUUUUCACAGUACAAAAAUAUGGGAAUCGAAUUAUUAUUAAUCAAAAGAAGUGAUUGAUCAAACCAAAAGUAUCAACUAUGUCCAUGAAAUCUAAAAUUAAAUCAUUCUUUGGACCUCAGAGACAGUAUGCUGUUGCUGGAGCCAGUAAUAAUCCUAGUAAGUUUGGAUUUAAAAUCACAAAUUGGUAUGUUGGUCAUGAUAUACCAGUUAUUCCCAUAAAUCCUAAAGAGAAGGAAAUCUUAGGACAACCAGUUAUAUCUAACGUUAGUAAUGUUUUGGAAUCUAUUAAUAGAGGAGAAGAUUUGGAUGCAUAUCACUUAAGUAAAGCUGAUGGGUUGAGUAUUUCAUUUUUAACUCCACCUCAUAUUACAGUGACAACUUUGAAAGAGAUUGCUACAAAUCCAAAUUAUCAAACGUUAAUUAAAGGUUUAUGGUUUCAACCAGGUAGUUAUAAUGCUGAAGUUUUGGAGACAGCUGAUAAUAUUGGGUUAGGUGAAAAAGUUGUGCAUGAAGAUGAAUGUAUUUUAGUUCGAGGUGAAGAAGGAUUGUAUAGUGCCAAUUUAUAAAAGUGUUCAUUUCACUUUUAAUGUCAUAAAAGAACGUUUAGUUAUCAAUUUUAUUUAUUUAUUUAGUUGAAUAUUAUUAAAGACUUCAUAUAU